ACAAUAAAACAAAUUAAUGUGGGAUUUGUAGAAGGAAGGUAGUAGUAGGCUAGGCAGUAGUAGCAAGUAGCAACAACCAAUGCACCACUACUAACCAUAACCAUACUGCAUUAACUAAACAAUUAAAACCCAAUUAGAGCAAAUCUCACAUACCAAGAUGGAUUGCUAGCUACUAUACAGAAGAUACACAAGCCAUUAAUAAUUUGUCCUUAAUGAAUUUGAUUAGUUUAGUUAGUGGGGGAGGGAUGGAAAAGAUUGCAUCGGCAAAUGGCAGGAAUGUUUGGUGAUGGCUGGUGAACAACACCCAAGCCCGGCGUAAUUGGAAGCUGCUGGCCGGGGAAUUUUUCUUUUGCUGGAUUUGUGGGUUCCAGCAAAACCAAAAUCCAAUCUUUCUUUUUUUGUGGGGCGUCGCCCAAAACCAAAGCUAAUCCAGCCAUGCUCUCACUACAUAUCUCUGUCUCUGUCCCAUUCGAAUAUGUACUGAUAAAAACCAGUGCAGAGAUUGGUGCAGCUAGGGUUUAGCAUGAACGACCGGCCUCGAAACAUAAUCAGAUCGAGAGAAUCUUGCACAAGGCAAAGGCGAAAAAGAAUAUCGUUUACACGUUCAAACUCCAUUUACACACAGGAGAAUAUUCAAGGGGGGGGGGGGGGGGGGGGGGGGGGGGAGAAAGUGGACGUGCAAAUAUGCGCGCAGAUCGAAUAUUUAUAUCGCCAUUUGCUUUAUGACUUAUUCUCGAAACGUGAGGAUUAUUAAGAAUCGUUGGUUAACCGAAUCUCAUGUUUGAGUCUAGCUUUGACAAAUAUGGGCGGUUGGAGCUAAGCUAGGGCAAGCACACGAGCUUGCUUCCCGAUUUUGAUCGGCUGGCGAAUAUCUUUCUUUUUUUGGGGUGAGAGUGGGUGUGAUGAGUGGGGUGGUGACUGGUGAGAUCGCGAAAAAUCUUCAGACUGUCACACUAAGGAAUAUUUAAAUAGUUAGUGGGGGAAAGAAAAAGAAACCGUGGUCUCUAUGUGCGUGUAUCUUUCCUAUUGGCAAACCCAGGCGCCAGCUUCAAAUUCUUUCCUCUUGUCUAGUUGUUGUUUAGGGGUGGUGACAAACUGACAAUGACAAUUUUGCAUGGAAGAACAAUCCAGUAACUGGCUUGAAAACAACACACUUUGCCGGUACUAGUAGUAUUUGUAAAGGGAAAGAUUAAGAUCUUGUUGUGAUGAACUCUUUUAAACAAUUUCAAUUAUCGAAUUCACGACACUAUUGAGUGUUGAUUAAUUAUAGCUUCCUGAUUAAAUCGAAUGCUGAAUCAAGUCGAUGAACAAACUUUGGUCGAUGAAAAAACGUGUGUUCGAUUAUACGACCGGAGGACGACGCUCAAGUGGGUCAGCCACGUGGGUCGUUGAUAUAGUAUGUUUUUCGAAUUCGAUCAAGAAAAAUUGUUUUGAUGGUCACAGACAGACUUGUAACACAAGAUACAUCCGAAUUCUGUUAGAGUACUACACGAUUACACAUUUUCCCCCUUUUGUCUUGGCAAUGCACAAAAUUAGCCUAACCAAGUUUGUAUUAGAAGUUAUGAUUAGAAAGUUAAAUCGACUUAACACGGGGGCCAAUUUCUUUUCCUAUAAACAAAGCAUGCAAACAUGCACGAUUGGUGGGUCACAUUUUGCAAGUUGUAGCCAAAACGUCCCAUCGCCCUCCCCCUCUUAAAAAAGUCUCAUGACCUCCAUUCCACCACGACCAUCCAUCAUUUUGGUCAGUGCGGCACUACUGUUCCUAAUUGGAAGGCUUUCAAGGCACAAAUUUAGGGUUCAAUUCCAUGGAUUCCACCCUUAUUCGGCAAUGUUCUGCCAUUCGACCAUGUCUCACUAUUAGGGCAAAUGAUGUUAUACCCCUUUUAUCACGGGCUUGUUUACGUUAGAAUGAAGAUUUGAUUAGGCACAUUGGUGAGCAACCAUUCGUCCAUGUGUUGGACUCUCUUGGCAUAUAUCCUCUCACACGACUUGAGCUACUAUGCAGCCAAUCCAAUCUAUUGAUUGGUCGAGAAACUUGAAAUGGAAGAGAACAAUCAUAUAGUAAUUUUAGUGCAUCUUAAAAUGGAACAGAACGAUCAUAGAUAUGCAUAUAUAUACUAAUAAGAUCAGUGCAUCGUGCACCCAUUUUAAUCAUCUUCUUGUCAGUAUGUUAUAUAUCUUUCUGUUGCCAAUCACAUUUACGAAUGUAACCACGAUUAACAACGAUCAGGCUAUAUAUCGAACACGGAGUAAGUAAAAAAUGGUACUAUUGGCACCCGUAUUAAAGGUACAGAUUCAAUCCAGGCGAACCGAAGUCACUUUCAGAACCAUACUUCCUACAGCUAAGACGUGUCCAGUCCACUGGGAAAGGCGCAACACAAACGAUCCAUACCAUGAAUGUUUGGAAUCACAUAUUAUGCAAGGAGAUAUUGCUUUUGCUCAUUCGAAUUGAAGGCUUAUAUAAAAUCGAUCUAUUUCCCGCAUCAUAUCCAUAGUUAGCACAUUCGUCCUACUUUCUUUACCUUGGUUUUUUUUUCCAUCUUCCUUUAAUUUCAAGAACAAUUUCAAGAACAACUUAAUUUCAAGAACAAUUUAAUGGGGAUAAUGACUGAAGAGCGAUCGAGCAACAUAGAAAUGGAUUAGAUCGAGUACUUGGGUGUCAAGUCUCUAGCUAGCUAGUGCCUUCUAUUAUUGGGGUUUUGACUAUCAAACUAGAGCCACAAAGAGCCAGGUGGACCUAAAACGCACAUAGGAAAACGACAUAUGAGAGGAGGUAGUAAUGGAGUAGUUGCUUGGAAGUGAAGGGUUGACCGAAAUGAUCAUGGCGAUCGAGAGAGUACAUAAAACGACAUGAUGAGACCAAGAACAAGAAAGCCCAUCACACUACGAUUUCAUUCAUCUCUCCAUCAAUGAAUUCUUGGCUUGCUCGCCAUGAUGACGUGGAGUGGACAGGACGUGGACGUGUCGAAGUACGUGUCAUCACCAGGGUAAUAAUAAUAAUCAAACAGAAUGAUGAUUCGGAUAAUGUAGAUGUACACAUCGGCGCCAGCUGCUUUGCUAUAGUAGCUGCUCAUGUUGUAAUAAUGGUGUUACAUUGGGCCGUACCAUGAUUUCUUAUUGCCAUAGAUGUCGACUUCUACUUGGUCCGUGGAAAAACAGGGAAUCAUGAAUCAUGAUUUGGUUGGGAGGGUAGUUGUAUACAUGUGAAUGAUUAUUUCAUGUGUGGUGUUGUUAUUUGGUAGAGGAUGAUUUCAGGGUUGAUGCACUAGAUAAAGAAGUUGUAUUUUGUAUUAGUUAGGUUGGGCUUGGUGCAUUGGGUAGAUUAACUCUUGUCUUCUUACGAGUUUGAUUAUAUGCUUAUAUCGUUGUAUCUGAAUUCUGAUGAUGUACGAAUUCCAGUCGUUGGUGGAGUCUUCUGUGCCUUGUAGGGUCUUUUAUGCACUAUAAUGAGUGAUUGAUGGUAUAAAAUGGUUAACAUAUACUACUCAUUGCAUGUGACGAUAUGUAUAUGGGUAUGUACAGUAAAAUAAAAAUGGGUCUAAGCGUUUUUUUCCCGGAACGAAGAUGUUCUCGUCCAACUCUUCAUAUGCUUUCGAGGAGAUAGUAUUUGACAACAUGCUACAAUUCUUGCGUUCUGAUAAGCGUUUGAUCGAUAUAGAACGCUAUAAUCAUGUAGUUUAUAAUUAUUAUUUAUAUUAUUUACCAUCACAAAAUUCAUCAAGAGAUUGCGGGAGUACAUACCAUCCAACAUGGUGUAACUUGUCUCCCCUCACAUCAAGUAUAAAAUUCUAAUCGUCGUCCACCAUGGUCAACGGCAGAAUUAGCGUAAUGCCGUGGGUUUAAUUAAUUAAACUGUCGCUCUCAGUUUCCUUUUUGUGCUAUCGUUAUGAUUAUGUUGGGAGACAAACGUUACGAGGUCAGAUAAUCAAGUCCUAAGUUAACGCGUAUUUGAUUUAAUUAAUGAGGUUGAUUAGGGUUUCCCCCCUUCUCGCUGUGGGUGGAGCAGUUCAGGCGGCAGCCCUUUUUAAAUUACUGAAGAGCAAAUAUGAGAUUCGUGAUUAUUGCAUAAUCGCCUUCAUUUUAUUGUCAGAAUGAUUUAUGAGAUGAGUCGACUCCUUAGUUCCGAUAUGAUGCGUAUGUUUGUCCCGAUUUUUAGAAGUGUUUUUCGGCUUCAAAAGCUGAAGCAGGGCCAAACACCUUUAAAAGUUCGGUUUUUGAAAAGCCAAAAAGCGCUUUUGUAUAACAUAAAAGCAGAAGCUCUGAUUUGGAACUUCUGCGAAAAAUUGAUUUGAAAAUACAAGAUUAUCCUUACCAUAUUUUAAUUUUAUUUAAGAAAUAUAAUUUUCCUUCAUCUCUAUCAUUUUAAAAAUAAAAUAAAUUAUAAAAUUAUAUUAUUUAAUAUAAAAGAAAUCUAACAAGAUCCAUUUUGACUACUUUUUACCGUUUAGAAUUUUUAUUCAUAUUUUAUACUAUAAGUACUUUAUAGUCAUUUUACACAACCUCUCAUAUUAAAAAGUACUUCUAAUAGUUUUACAGCCAAACACUCAACUGCUUUUUGUGAAAAGCACUUAUCUAAAAGUUCCAGCCAAAGCUACUUCUACAAAAGCUACUGCAGGGCCAAACUAAGCUAUCAAUGUAGGAAGUUGUAGGAUUUGUUUGUUAGAGAGAGUGACAUAAACUUCAUAAUAAUUCAUUUCCUUUCAAUAAUUUGCUAUAACAGGAGUUAUUUGGAUCAACUAGUUUUUUUUAGGGAGGAUCAACUAGUUAUUAACAUGGUAUUAGAGCUAGGUCGACCAAGUGGUCAUGUGUUGAAUCUCCAUGACCCUAAAUAUUAACAGUUCAUCGGAGGAAAAUGUAUGGUGGCCUUGCGCAAACUUCAAUCUCGUGAUUUGGCUUUAGUUGAAGAGAGCGUGUCGUCGGAGAGUGAUGUAAGAUUCAUACUCAUAUAAUAACCCAAAUACAAAUAUGAAAAUUAU